GCUAGGAUCGGCUUGCUUAAUUUCUCUCUUGCUAUUCUUCCUAGCUAGAUAUAUUUCCUUGAUCCACUUCAAUACUUCAUGAGGAACCUGUCUUGUUAAGCCUCCUAGCUACCUACCCUUUUAAAUUCAUCAUCCAAUCUUCAUCUUCAUCGCCCUUGACCCAAAAAAAAAAAAAAAAAGAGAGAGGAGUUCCCUUUGUAAAGCUAAUUGUUCCCUUUGUAGCUCGUCAUUGAACAAAGCCUAUUCCUUUUUUCUUUUUGUCCCCCUCUCUUUCUUUAGAUUUGUGAGUCGGUGGACUUGGUUUGUUUUUCAGCAACAUUCUGAAACAAUGACAGGAAUGGAAGCAGCAAUUUUAUCAGCCGUCGUGUCUCCUAUUGCUAGAAAGGUUUUUGAUUUAGUCAGUUCCCUGUUAGCGGGGAAGUUCCAUUUGCACCAAGGAGUAGAGGAAGAUAUUCGGGACCUGUCCAGCCAGCUGACAGCUAUUCUAGCGGUGCUUGAGCAUGCAGAGGAAUUGCAACUGGAUUCUCCACCAAUUCGAGAUUGGCUCGGGAAGCUGAAAGAGGUUCUGUUUGAUGCAGAGGACAUACUGGAAAGUUUCCAGACUGAAGCCUUGCUUUGGCAGCGGCAGCAGCAGGCGAGGAACGUUCAUCUCCCAUUCAGUGCAAGUCAGCUGUUCAUGAAACUGAACGUUGCACAAGAAAUUAAAAAAGUUUUACUCAGGCUCGAAAAAAUUGGGAGAGAGAGACAGAAUUUCCAACUCGAUGCGCAUGCAAUUGAUUCUGGAGCAUCAUCGACAAGGCCGUCUAUGAGUAGAAACACCGGCUUUAUAGUCACCGAAUCUGAUGUUGUUGGCAGAGACGAUGACAAAGACAGGAUGAUCAAUCUCUUGCUGUCAGAGGAAUCUGACAGACAAGGUGAUGUUUCUGUGGCUCCCAUCAUUGGUAUGGGAGGUGUAGGCAAGACAACUCUUGCUCAGCUUCUGUACAAUGACGAGAGAGUCAAAAGCCAUUUCGAGUUCAGGAUGUGGGUAUGUGUCACAGAUGUCUUCAACUACACAAAAGUCCUGAAAGACAUGAUAGAAUACCACACUGAGAUCAAAUAUAAUGACAUCAGUUCAUUGUCCAAUGUCCAAUUAGAGUCUCGCCUUCUUGAACUCUUGAAGGGAAAGCCGUACCUACUCAUUCUAGAUGAUGUGUGGCCGGAGAGUUUUGAUUGGAGUGAUCUUCAAAAGCUCCUGAAACAUGGGGGAAAGGGAUCUAGAGUAGUGGUAACCAGUCGUAGCAGCCACGUCGCAAAUCUCAUGGGGACGCUGCCUCCUCAUUUCCUGGAACUAUUGCCGGAAGAUCAGUGUCAGUUUCUUUUUGAAAAAAUUGCAUUUGGUCCAGGGGGCGCCAAGAGGACUGAAGAAACAGAGGAGAUCGGUAAGGAUAUCGUCCGAAAAUGUAAAGGUUUACCAUUGGCCAUAAAGGUCAUGGCAAGCCUCUUGCGAGGGAUCGAUGGUGCAAGGAAAUGGAGAAAUAUCCAAAAACAUGAGAUCUGGGAAGCAGAGAAACAUAGUGAUGCAAGGAAGCCGCAAAUUUUGCCUGCUUUAAGUUUGAGUUAUAAUCAUCUGCCUGCUCAUCUAAAACGGUGUUUUGCAUACACUUGCAUCUAUCCAAAGGCAUACGUCUUCCAUAAGAUGGAUCUGAUUAAAGUAUGGAAAGCAGCAUCUUUCAUCCUUCCAAGAGGACAAUACUCGAUAGAAGAUAUUGGGGAAGAAUAUUUUGAUGAGCUGCUGAGAAGGUCAUUCUUUCAACUCUCAAAAGUUGAUAAUCAGGAGACUUUCAGGAUGCAUGAUCUUCUUCAUAAUUUGGCACAGUCGGUUUCAGGCCCCUACUGCUAUCAAAUCAGGGAUAAUGACCCCUGCAACUUCUAUGAAAAAGCUCGGCAUAUCUCACUGCUGUGUAGUGCUGCUGAGCAGCCCAUCAUGGGAAUUAUGGAGAAAUCUCAGAAGUUGCGGACACUUCUAUCACCCAGUGACCAUCAGAAAAACUUUGGCCAGGCCCUUGACAGCAUAUUCCAAUCUUUGAAGUACAUAAGAAUCUUAGAUUUAAGCUCAAGCAUCAUGCUUGAACUGCCUGAAUCAGUUGGUGAGCUGAAGUUGUUGCACUACCUGGACCUGUCGAAAACAGAAAUCAGAAGGCUUCCCAACUCAGUUUGCAACCUCAUCAAUUUGGAAACUUUAAAACUUUUGUCAUGCCUUUGGCUUUUUGAACUACCAAAAGACCUUGGAAAGCUAACCAAUUUACAGCAUCUUGAGCUCGAUGACAUCUUCUGGUACAAGCUACGUACCUUGCCACCAGGAAUCGGGAGCAUUACUGGCCUACAAAAUUUGCAUGCAUUCCCUGUUAGCCGUGAAGCUGGAAAAGGAAUUAAUGAACUGAAGGGCAUGCUUCAUCUGAAAGGAGCAUUGCACAUUAAGGAGCUCGAAAAUGCAGCCAAUGCUGGAGAGGCAAAUUUGAAAGAUAAAGAAGAUCUUGUGAAGGUUGUAUUUGAAUGGAGUAAUAAUAGGAAUGGUAGUCCAGAGAAUGCAGAACUAGAUGAAAAUAUCAUUGAAGAUCUUCAGCCUCAUCCGGACAUUAAAGAGAUCCAAGUCAUACACUAUCAGGGUGCUCGAUUCCCAGCUUGGAUAAGAGACGGGCCGGUAAAAAAUCUUACUUCCUUGACCUUAAAUCAUUGCAUAAAUUGCAGAGUCCUUUCUCUUGGCCAACUAUCACGCCUUCAGAGCCUCAGCCUCAAGGGGAAUCUUGAGUUGGAGGAAUGGAUAGAUGCACCAUACCAUUUUCUCCACAGGCUAAACAUCAGCAACUGCCCAAAGCUCAGAGACACGCCUAAAAUAUUUCUCAACCUUGGGGCCAUGAAAAUCAAAAAAUGUAAUUCGUUAAAGGCCCUUCCGUUGAUCCCCUCAGUGAUGUUUUUGAAACUCAUGCACAAUCUUGUUCUGGAGGAUUUCAAUGAGCACACGGUCAUUUUGGGUUCCGUCAAUAACCAUGGCCAACCAGUCCAUGUACGCCAGCCUUCCUUCAUUAAACUCUUGGAACUGAAAGUCAUAGACUGUCCCAAAUUGCCUUGUUUGCCAGAGGUAUUUGCACCACAGAAACUGGAAGUAAGUGGCUGCCCACUGCUUACCAAACUGCCUACCCCAGAAUUUUCGCAACGCCUUCAACACCUAGCGAUUGAUGCCUGUGAUGAUCCAACGUUGGUGAGGGCAAUUCCUGAUACCGGGUCUUUGUAUUCGUUGGUGAUCUCAAACAUCUCAAACUUAACAUCAUUUCCCAAGUGGCCACAUCUUUCUGGACUCAAGACGUUGUACAUAAGCAGAUGCAAUGACUUGACAUCCUUGUCAGAUGAAACAGCAGCUUCAGUACCAUUUGAAGGCAUGACUUCCCUCGAGCUACUUUCCGUUCGGGGCUGCCCCAAUCUUGUGAGAUUUCCAGAUAAAGAGCUACCCGCGACACUCAAGUGUUUGAUUAUUAGCUCAAACUCCGGUCUUAUGUCACUUGGUCCCGAGGAGGCAUUCCAGAACCUUACAUCCCUGACCGAUGUAAACAUCGAGAACUGCCCUGAACUUCAUUCAUUGCCAGCGGAAGGUUUUUCAGCAUCCCUUCGCCAUUUGCUAAUUGAAGGGUGUCCAGAACUGAUCAAAGAAUGCCAAAAUGUUUCUGGAGCAGAUUGGCCGAAGAUCCAAGGCAUUCCUGACCUAGAGAUAGAGCCUCUUCAGGUCCUCGCAAGUCAAAAUCCACACAAUCCUCCAGCUGCUUGGUAUCAUUGCCUUAUUUGCUGCAAAGGUACAAGAACAAUUGAAGACCAAGCCUAAAUCUGGUUAAUGCUCUUGACAGUGGUUUAAACAGGGGCGAUGUCAAUCUCAAAAGGAGAAAGAAUUCUAUUCAGGAUUGCAGCAUAAUCAGCCCCUAUCUCCACAGAUUACAACAGGUUUUCAUGAACCUUGAAGGAAGUAUGGCAGCAAACACCUUAUGUUUUCGGGUCCAAGACAACAUCUUAUAAUUAUGGAAUCAAGCACUAUAAAUCAAUUUUGGAGGAAUUUGCGGUCCUGUUUUUGGUCUGCCAUCAUGGCUGAAGCUUCUCUCUUACCAAAAAAAAAACUGCAGUAGUACUUUUUUCGGUUCUUAUUUCUGGCAUUGUUGUUGAUCCUAUUGCUGGACCUUUAAGAUAUCUAUAAUAAAGUGUUCGUUUUUUCA